AUGGAGAGCUAUGAAUUUGAUGCUUAUCACACGACCUCCAAUGGAAUUCUUGAUGCUUCUACUAGUUCAACUCCUGCUGAUAUGCCAACAGAGGGGCGUUCUACCGAAAGCAUAGAUGGUAGUGGAGAGUUAACAACAAAAGUGGUCAACCAAAAUAUGCAAACCAUUGUUUCGGUUAGGUCUCCUCACUUUACUAAGGAAAAUGAAGGUGAAUUGGGUGAAGAUGGAAUUGAUAGGCAGGAUCUUACUGCUGCAAAUAUUGGCUUUAAUCAGUUGACAAAUCAUGGAGUAUGUCCAUCAUUGAUGAAGAAACUAGAUUGGGCAAUUGAGAAUUUUUAUGGACUUCCCUCAGAAGAGAAAAUGAACUUUGCACCACAAUCGGGAAACAAGGAAGGCUAUGGGCAUCUUGUAAUUGGAGAAGAGGUAAAUUCAGAUCAUGUAGAGAGAUUUUACAUGAAUACAUAUCCGUUAAACGCAAGACAACCACAUCUUAUUCCAAAGAUCCCUGCUUCACUAAGAGAAAGUCUCGAGGUUUAUUUGGUAGAGUUGAAGAAAGUUGUAAUAGACCUUCUAGGGUGUAUAGCAGAAACUUUAGAAAUUGAUAGGGAGGUAAUGCUGAAAAUGUAUGAGAAGGUAAUGCAAUCAGUGAGGAUGAACUACUAUCCACCGUACCCUACACCAAAUCUGGUAAUGGGGCUGGCAGCUCACUCGGUCGGCAGUGCAAUCACCAUAGUUCACCAAGUUGAUGGAGUGGAAGGAUUGGAAGAAGAAAAUAAAAUUCGUGAAGCAAUAAAUGAAGAAAAUGAAGAGAUUAUUCCAGAAAGAACAACAACCAUGCCAUUAACCAAUGAGUCCUUUCAGAAUGCUCUACAUGAUCAUAUACCUCAGUGGUGUGCAGGAAGCAUUAGCAUAAUCACAAUAGAGGAAGGCAAUGAACAAAGAAAUAGAGGCCUUGCAGAAAAAUCAAACUUGGGAACUAGUCUCACUACCUGA